CUUUCUUCAGUUCCUUAAAUACCAUCUUUCUCCUCAACCCCUCAAUGUACACAGAGUACUAGUAGCUAGCUAGCUAGGCGCAGCCAUCAAUUAUUCAUCUCUUCCAUAGAGGGAAAAAAAGAAAAAAAAAUGGCGAAAGACGACGUUGAGGUUGCAGAGCAAGUUGAAUACUCAGCAAAGGACUAUCAUGACCCUCCUCCAGCAGCGUUGUUUGACCCUGAGGAGCUGACAAAGUGGUCUUUGUAUAGAGCUGUAAUAGCAGAGUUCAUAGCAACCCUUCUUUUCCUUUACAUCACCGUGUUAACCAUUAUUGGUUACAAUAGACAGACAGAUCCCAAUAUUCCAGAUUCCCAAUGUGAGGGGGUUGGUGUUUUGGGCAUAGCUUGGGCCUUUGGUGGCAUGAUCUUCAUCCUUGUUUACUGCACCGCCGGUAUCUCUGGAGGACACAUAAACCCUGCAGUGACUUUUGGGUUGUUCCUAGGACGCAAGGUGUCGCUGGUAAGGGCGUUACUGUACAUGAUAGCACAGUGUUUAGGUGCAAUCUGUGGUGCUGGACUUGCUAAGGGUUUUCAAAAAGGAUACUAUGUGAGGUAUGGUGGUGGGGUUAAUCUUGUGCAAGGAGGGUAUACCAAAGGUACAGCUUUGGGUGCUGAGAUAAUUGGUACCUUUGUUCUUGUCUACACUGUCUUUUCUGCCACUGAUCCUAAGAGGAGCGCUAGAGACUCUCAUGUUCCUGUAUUGGCACCACUUCCUAUUGGAUUUGCUGUUUUCAUGGUUCACUUGGCUACAAUCCCUGUUACUGGUACUGGCAUCAACCCUGCAAGGAGUUUUGGACCAGCUGUGAUCUUCAACCAGGACAAGGCUUGGGAUGACCAAGUAAUGGAUUUACUGGGUUGGACCAUUUGUUGGAGCUGCAGUAGCUGCUUUCUACCACCAAUAUAUUCUUAGAGCUGCAGCUAUCAAAGCUCUUGGAUCAUUCAGGAGCAACGCUUAAUCAAGCUAGCUUCGCCUCAAUUAUGACUUGUCCUAUGAGGGCUGUGGUGGUGUCCCCACAAAAAAAUAACAGUUCAGUACUGAGUAGUUCAAGUCUAUCUAAUGGUCCCAGUUAGAGUUUUGGCCUCUUCCUUUUGGGUUUCGUGCGUGCUUAGCUGUGGAAUUGGGGAAAAGGCCAAAUACCAAUGUUGUAGAUAAGCAUGCGUGUGUGCAAGGGUGUAUUUGUAUCCCUCUUCUUUUGUCUUUUCUCUCACUCUUUUUCUAAGUAUUGGUCAAUAUUUUUCAUUUUACCUAUUUCUUUGUAAGUGGUGUACAUGUACAUGUACUUUCCAUCAUCUUCUGCUUCCUCAUAAAACUUAAUGGUAAUUUCCUGUGUUCUAAAA